UCAUGUGACUUGUACGUCAUGCCGUUCAAGAUCAAGUCUAUUCCAGACACGACCGCGACAGGCUGGCAAACAAUAUGUUAGCGGUGACUGGCAGGAGAGCGGUGCCGUGGGGACUCGGGGCAGGCUGGGCCCCGGGGGCGCUGCUGCUGCGACAGAUCAGCGCUUUACCAAACUAUUCUCUCCCUAAAGAGGUAAAGAUAGUGGAAGUGGGACCUAGGGAUGGACUGCAGAAUGAAAAGGCUAUUGUUCCAACUGAAGUUAAAAUCCAGCUGAUCAAUAUGUUAUCCGACUCUGGGCUACAAGCAAUAGAAGCGACGAGCUUUGUGUCUCCAAAAUGGGUUCCGCAGAUGGCGGAUCAUAUCACUAUCAUGCAUGGAAUAAAGAGGUUCCCCAAUGUCAGCUACCCAGUGUUGACCCCAAAUCUCGCAGGAUUCCAGAAGGCGGUUGAAUGUGGUGCCAAAGAAGUAGCCAUAUUUGGUGCAGCUUCUGAGCUUUUCAGUAAGAAGAAUAUUAACUGCACCAUAGAAGAAAGUUUGCAGAGAUUCCAGGCAGUGACAGAGGCAGCUAAAGAAGCAAAUAUACCUGUACGAGGGUAUGUGUCGUGUGUUCUUGGUUGCCCAUAUGAAGGAAAAGUGUCUCCUAGUAAAGUGGCAGAGGUGGCACACAAGAUGUUUUCCAUGGGUUGCUAUGAGAUCUCCCUAGGGGACACUAUUGGAGUUGGAACACCUGGCAGCAUGCGUGAAAUGUUGACCACGGUUCUGGAUGUAGUUCCUGCCAAGGCGCUAGCCGUUCACUGUCAUGAUACGUAUGGGCAGGCUCUGGCAAACAUACUCGUGGCUCUGCAGUUGGGAGUGCAGGUGGUGGAUUCCUCUAUUGCAGGUUUAGGUGGGUGUCCUUAUGCACAAGGAGCUUCUGGGAAUGUAGCCACGGAAGAUGUCGUUUACAUGUUACAAGGCCUAGGCAUCCACACAGGCAUUGAUUUAAAGAAGCUUACAGAAGCUGGGGCCUUCAUCUGCAAAGCUCUGGGACGAAAGAGCAGUUCUAAAGUGGCGCAAGCAAUGUGCAAACUAUAAGAUUAAACCCAUGGAGGGUGCACAAUGUCCCCUCUAAACAUCAGGGCUUUUCUGUUUUUUUUGAGAUCUGUUUCUAAUGGAUCAGCGGAUGGAUUUCCAAAAAAAGAAAAAACCUUUCUUUGUUCAAGAACGCACACAUGUGAUUACAGGAGCGGCUCUUGCUUUUUUUGUGCGGUUUAUAAUGUUUUACAGAUCUGUUAAUGAUCCCAAUGGGAUAAUGUGUGUGUUUGAGAGUAAUUAUACUAAAAGUAUUAAAUGGAGGCACACAAGAAACCCUCUACCAGCAAGUUCUGCCUGUGAAAAUGCAAACUUUGUUUCCACGUUCUCCUGCUGAUCAUUGAUCUGCUUGACUGUUGUCGUACAUAUUUUUAUUUCUACCCAUUCGUCACACCAGUCUGUGAUAACCAGGCGCACUGCAGGAUGCUAUUACUAAUUCAUAACGAGGCAUACCCUAAGUCAUCAAUUAGACGCAGCAUCCUGCACUCCGUGCGCCUAUACUGAUAUCUCUGAUACAGCAGAAAACUGGCGUAAAAGAUUUCUUUUUCUGGGAAUGUAGUGAGGCUGGUGGAGAAAUGCCACUUGCGCAUAUAAAAAGAUGCAAAUGUGCACCACAUCUAUCAGCCAUGUUUCAUCUCUGCAGAGUUUACCACACAGAGAUCUUAGGUUUCUCACUUUUUCAUCAUCCUCCCCCUCCUGAUGCCCCAACAUUGUUAUCCUGCUGCUAUCUCCAGUACUGUGCACGCUGUGCUCCCCAAUGCCCACAAACGCUAUACUGCAAAAAUAAUCAUGCCAUACAGAUAAUUCCCCAUAGUAAUAGUCCUCCCCAAAGUCCUAUUAAUAGUAAUAAUUCUUUCCCAUAGUGCCCACAAUAGCAAUUAUUACUCCCCAAAAGUGUCCCCAUAUAGUAGCAAUGCCCUUCAUAUUGUGUACUAUAAUGCCCACUGUACAAUAGUGCCCCCUGUAAUGCUUUGCGCCCCCCCCCCUCCCGUAGUGCCCACACAUAUUAACCCGUAGGAUACCAGCGCCGUACAUGUACGGCGCUGGAAACUGGGACAGAAAUCCCAGCGCUAUACAUGUACUGCGGGCUGAUCGGGCGGGUGCAGGAGCUGCGCCCGCCCGAUCAGCUGCAGGGGUCCGGCAUUCACUGAUAGCCGGACCCCUGCUGUAUGCGCCAGCAUCGGUGAAAACACAGAUGCCGGCGCAUUAACCCUUACACUGCUGGGGUCAGCGCUGACCGCGGCACAUACGGGAUCCUGCUGGGUGCGGGGUGGCCAUAGGGUCC